GCUGAACACAGGGUUGAUAAUGCGGAGAUGUUUCUGUUAUUGCUGGGCAGGGCUUACACAGAGCCAAGGCCUUUUCUGCUUCUCGUACUGCCAGGCUGGUGGGGGGCUGGGGGAGCCUGGGGGGAGACACAGCCAGGACAGGUGACCCCAGCUGACCAAAGGGACAUUCCAGACCACGGAACAUCACGCUCAGUGCAUAAAGGCGUGCGUGGAGGGCAGUGCGAUGGCUGCCACGGUAAAAGAAUGCCUGGAGCUCCAGCUGCUGGAAGUGGAAAUGCUCCUUUCGAUGUUUCCCAAAAGAGGAGAAUUCAGUCUGGAUGCGGAUGCCGUGCCCAGCAUCCAGCGCUACCUGAGGAAUUCUGACGGAGCCCUGCCCCCGCAGCUGGAAUAUCGAAUCACUCUAGAUGUAGGGGAGGCGAAGGUGGAAUUGCAGGUUCUCCUUCCUCAUAUGUACCCUCGGGUGGCUCCUCAGCUCUUUGCCAGAUCAGAUGCUCUGCACAGACAGCAACAGUUGCAGCUCAAUACUGGUCUGGAGUCUCACAUCAGCUCUCUGGAUUCAGGAGAUCUGUGUGUGUGUGAGGCUGUGCAGUGGGUGAAGGACAACAGCCUGCCUUUCUUGGAAAACAGUAAGGCCUCGUCUGAGUGCGCUUCUAAAGAAGUCAGGGUUAAGGAAACGCUGCAUCGCAUGUGGAUCUACAGCCAUCACAUCUACAGGCAAGAACUGAGGAAAAAGAUUUUUGACUGUGCAAAGAAGUUAAAUCUGACUGGCUUCUGCCUAACUGGUAAACCUGGUAUCAUCUGUGUGGAGGGACUCCAAGAAAACUGUGAAGAGUUCUGGCGUGUUAUUAGAUACCCCAACUGGAAGCAUAUUUCAUGCAAGCACGUGGAGAAUAUAGAAACGGAGGGAAGCAUUGAUAAUCUUCGUCUCUUUCACAGUUUUGAAGACCUACAGUUUCAGGCACAUGGUGAUUAUGGCCUGAGGAAUGACUAUCACAUGGAUCUUGGCCAGUUUCUAGAAUUCCUGAAACAGCACCAAAGUGGACACAUUUUUCAGAUUUUAUUUGGUGUUGAAGGAAAACUUUCAGACAAUUAGAGAAACUAAGGAGUUCUAAUUCUGGAGAGGAAGAGGUGUUGCUAACACUGAAAUAUUUUGCCUUACAGUUACUGUGAAAAGGGAAGCUUUAACAUCUGAGAUGAAUGGUUCAAGUAGUUAAUCUCAGCUUUUGUGCUGAACUGACACAUUUCUGAGACGUGUUCACUGAUUUUCUAAGACUAAAACUGAUAUUUGUCUCUGUGAGCCAUGCCUCAAAGCACUUGCAAAGUGAUAAACAUUCCACAAUGUGUUAGGAAUUAUAUGCUUCUGACUCCUCUUCUGUACUGUACUGUGUGAAUUCCUUCCCAUCUCAUAAAACUACUCUCAGUUUAAAACAUUCCCCACCUUGUCCUGUCACUACAUGCACUUAUAAAAAAGUCCCUUUCCAGCCAGAUCCUUGUAGGCUCCCUUCAGGUACUGGAAAGUGCUAUAAGGUCUUGCCAAAGCCUUCUCUUCUCCAGGCUGAACAAUCCCAGUUCUCUCAGCCAGUUGUCAUAGGAGAGAUGCUCCAGCCCUCUGAUCCUUUUUUGUGGCCCUCCUCUGGACUUGCUCCAGCAGGUCCAUGUUCCUUUUAUGUUUGUGUCCCAGAGCUGGAAGCAAUGGUGUGAGGUCUCACAGAAGUGGAGUAGAGGGUGAGAAUCACCUCGCUCAGUCUGCUGGUCAUGCUGCUUUUGAUGCAGCCUAGGAUACAGUUGGCUUUUUUCGCUUCAAGUGCACAUCACUGCCUCAUGCUCAGCCUCUUAUCUGCCAGUACAAAGUCCCUCUCCUCAGGCCUCUCAAUCCAUUCUCCACCCAGUCUGUGUUUGUGCUUGGGAUUGCCCCAACCCAAGGGCAGGACCAUGAACACCAUGAGGCUUGCACAGACCCACCUCUCCUAUCCCUCUGGAUAACAUCCCUUCCCUCCAGUGUGUUGACUGCUCCACAUAGCUUGGUGCCAUCAGCAAACCUGCUGAGGGCGCAGUCGGUCCCACUGCCUGUGUCACCGCCAACAAUGCUAAUAGCAACCCCUGAGGAACAUCACUCCCACUGGUCUCCACUUGGACAUCGAGACUGCAACUCUGCAACCAACCAUCCUUACCCAGCGAGUGGUUCAUCCAUCACCAUCCCAUCCGUGUCUCUUUGAUUUAGAGACAAGGAUGUCAUGUGGCAAAGUGUCUGGUUAUGUUAAUAACAAUUUCUCAUCUGUUCAAUUCAUGGCAUUUUAUGUUUACACUGUUAGCACCCUGGAAAUGAAAAUGGGUCAGAUGAGACAAAGUUUAGUUUUCCCUUCUACGUUACAUAAGGAAAUACAUGUAAAAUACAGAAAAUAGGAAAAAUCUCCUAUAUAUACACAUAUAUAAAUAUAUAUAUUUUUAAUAUUACAUAAAAAUACAAGUAACUUAAAGAAUCUUUUUCUAUGUCAAAUCAGUAUGGAGAGAAUGUUCCAGCAGCUUGUAAGAGGCAAUGCUGUUACUGGUUCAUUAGGCAGCGUUUUCCUGAGGGGAAGCAUGCUGACUUCAGAUGUGGAUAGUGAGUGUUGCAGUUUGUAACGCAUGAUCAUAUUUAAAGGUCAUUCAUGUAACAUGUAGCUGGAGAACACUACUGGAAAGUCCCCAGCAGCUGUGCCUUGAGGGACCACCAGCCCACCACCUCCCACUCUGUGCCCGAGUGCUUAAUGUGAAAAUGGGUACCAAGCAAUAAAAGCAGACUCGCUGCAGAGGUCUGGCUGACCGACUCCAACACCCAGGCACUCAACAGCAGCUGUUCAAAGACUGUGUUUCAGCACACUCAGCUGAUGAUAACAUAAAUAACAGAGAUUAUUUUAUUUCAAAUGAAACACAAGGAAGUGUUUUAAUACCCUUCUGACAACAGCAGUACAUUGAAAUGCAGAGGAUGGCAUUGAAAUGCAGAGUGUUUUUGGUUGCUCAGAAUAUGAUUAAUGUAUUUUCCUUCACUGUGGUAUGUGUUCUGCUCGUGUGAUCAUAACUUCUGCCAAAAGCACAGUGAGGCAAAAAUGCUGGCACGGUCCCAUUAGGCAGUGAGGGAGAAAGUACCUCUCUGAAUUUGGGCUGUAAUCUGCAGCUGUGACAGACCUGAGGGGCUAGACAAAUAAAAUUGAUAUUUGGUUUUCUAGAGAUAAUCUCUCUAGUAAAGAUUAGAGAGAAACAGUAGAAAAAAUGUUCAAGUAACCUUUGUUUCCAGAACCAUCCAAAAAAUAUAUUACAUUUUUCUUGGAGUGGUAAUUGUUUAAGAACUAGUAAUUCCUCAAAGUCUAUUCCUGGCAUUUUGAUACUCCCUUUUUGUCAAGAACAUGGAGUUCAAAAAAUUAGGGCAAACAUUUGUAAUGGAUCUGAACAGUGGUUAUCUUGGUGGGGGAAUGAAAUCCUUGAUCUUAUACAGGACAUUAUGCUUAGCUAAUGUUAAAUGUUAGUAACAUUAAAUGUUACUGUUAAUAAUGUUAAAAUGUUCUAAUUAGAUGUGAACAAAAGAUUCUACAGGUUUGGUUCUUUCAGAAAAUUUUCAUUUCAUAGCUCCAUACAAGAGUGACCAGUAAGGAUUUUCUCUGGAAUAAAAUAGUCUAACCUUAUAGUUGUUUAAAGUUUGAGGUCUUUUUCAAAUAAUAAGUUCACAAAUUAUGCAAAUUACACCGUGACUAUAGUGGAUAAAACACCAAAUGCAUUUU